UUGACAUCGAUCAUCGAGCCCAACGCCAUAUCUCAACCACAAGUAUCCAACCAUUUACACCCCACAACAACCGUCAAGAUGCAAAUCUUCGUCAAGACACUUACUGGCAAGACUAUCACACUUGAAGUCGAGUCCUCUGACACUAUCGACAACGUCAAAGCCAAGAUCCAAGACAAGGAGGGUAUUCCCCCUGACCAACAACGUCUCAUCUUCGCCGGCAAGCAGCUCGAAGACGGUCGCACGUUGAGCGACUACAACAUCCAGAAAGAGUCUACGCUUCACCUUGUCCUUCGUCUGCGCGGUGGUAUGCAGAUUUUUGUCAAGACCUUGACCGGCAAGACCAUCACCCUCGAAGUCGAGUCCUCUGACACCAUCGACAAUGUCAAAGCCAAGAUUCAAGACAAGGAGGGCAUCCCACCUGACCAACAACGCCUCAUCUUCGCCGGUAAACAGCUCGAGGACGGACGUACGCUCUCCGAUUACAAUAUUCAAAAGGAGUCAACUCUGCAUCUUGUGUUGAGACUUCGCGGCGGUAUGCAGAUCUUUGUCAAAACUCUCACCGGAAAGACGAUCACUUUGGAGGUAGAGAGUAGCGAUACCAUUGACAACGUCAAGGCAAAAAUUCAAGACAAGGAAGGCAUCCCUCCUGACCAGCAACGCCUCAUUUUUGCCGGCAAACAACUCGAAGAUGGUCGCACCCUUUCCGACUACAACAUUCAGAAAGAGAGCACGCUUCACUUGGUGCUUCGUCUCCGUGGUGGUAUGCAGAUUUUCGUGAAGACUCUCACUGGAAAGACGAUCACUUUGGAGGUGGAGAGCAGCGACACCAUUGAUAAUGUCAAGGCAAAAAUCCAAGACAAAGAGGGCAUCCCACCCGACCAGCAAAGGCUCAUCUUUGCCGGCAAGCAACUCGAAGACGGUCGCACGCUUUCCGAUUACAACAUCCAGAAGGAAAGUACUCUUCAUUUGGUGCUUCGUCUGCGCGGUGGUCAAUGAAGCUAUCAUCCGACUCUCGCCAUUUGAACACCCUGUACCACAUCUUCACGAAGUCGACGCCAAUGCAUGAGCAUCGUGGUUCGUGAUCCUUUCCCCGGGCGCUGCAUGUAGCUCGGAUGUGCAUUGUGUGUAGCAGCGACUGGCUAGAUGCUUGGGUUAGAAAGAGGGAUGUGACACGGUCAAGCUCGCACCGACGCCUUCAUUGCAACGCAUGUCAUUGACGAUCUACGAGCGUGCUAAGCACUCGCAAAAAGCUC